AUGGAUCGACUUUCCCCGAUUAAUAUUAUAGUAAAGGAUGCUAUUAUACAUCAACGCGCAAUACCGCAGUUGUAUAAACGCUUGGAAUGUUUUAAUCACCAGCGGAACAAUUUCAUCGAUAAGUCUGGUGAGAGUUCUUCAGUAUCAGAGUUGCAAGAAAAAUAUAGUGAACCCCCUAGUGAAGAAAAAGAAAAUGUAAGUCAAGUUGUCGUGUUUCAAGAUUCCAUGAAAAUUAUUUAUGUGACUGGACAAUUAUUGGGAUUAUUUCCUGUAACGGGACUUUUAAAAAAAGAAGCAACAAUGCUUCGAUUUUCAUUUUUGUCAUGGAAAUAUUUAUAUUGCCUAAUUCUUUGUUUGCCUCAGUUGAUAAUCACAGUAUUAUGCUUUUAUUCGUUAAUAACCAAGCGUGUAUCCAUAACAAGAAUACUAUUUGCCAGUUUUUACGCCUCCAUGAGCGCGACUUGCAUAAGCUUCUUUAGGAUCUCGAGCAAAUGGCCCGCUUUGAUCGUCAAGUUAAGAAAUUCGAGGAUCGAUGAAUAUUCAGACCCAAAUGUUAUACUGAAGUGCGUAGCCAUUUCGGUGGCGUUUUUAGGGUUGUGUGUGGUUCACAUCGUGUCACACGUUAUUGAAAGACUUGCAACAAUCAACGAAUGUUACCCUAACUCAACGGAUGAAAGAACCUACCAUCAUCUUAUUGGAAGCGUUUACGUGAAGAUUAUAAUCGUAUUACUGAUAUCGAAUGGUGUAAGCAUCUCUAGAAGGCUGAUCGGCACAUCGUGCUCUCAUUAUUCUAUCGGACCCGUAAAUGGUUACUAUCACAGCGUUUUCUACAUAAUCGCGCUGCUGUUCGUUCUGCUGCGGCUCGUUUUGGUGUCUCUGUGUGCAGCCGAAGUCAACACCGCGUCGCUCACCACCGCACCAUAUUUGUACACAGUCCCAACUACGGUCUUCUGUUCGGAGGUAGAGAGGUUUAUUAAUCAAGUUCAAGGCGAUGUGGUGGCCCUAAGUGGGCUUAACUUUUUCAAUGUGACCAGAGAAUUUGUUCUAUCUGUGGCAGGCACAAUUAUUACUUACGAGCUAGUGCUGCUCCAACUGAAUGGCGACUUAAUUGGAAAGUUU